CCAUAAAGAACACAGGCAUGUCAUAUGCCGGAUGGUCGGCAUGGCUACAUCGACAGGCACUUGAUACACCUAGAAGAGCAAAAAGAGAUGUUUCUGGUAUUCUGGGAACAGGUUUAGGAGUCUUAAACAGUAUAGACACUGAAAUACUCAUGAGUAAAUUGAAUGCCAUUACAAGUAAUAUGCGUGAAUUGCAACAUCCUCUACAGUCGUCUCUAUCAGGUUUAGGAACAAGCCAAUGGCUUUUAUCAGAUGUGUUACCGCAAUGGGAAAAGAUAGAUAGAAAAGAUCAUCAGCUGAUUAUGGAUGCGCUUUCAGCAGUCCAAGGUAAUACUUCUUUAGCCCUCAGUUGCAUUCAGGCCCAGAUGUGGAUGCAGUUUAUAGCAGCGACAAUCGUGAGAGAAGGUGAGGAUGGCACUAUACCCACUGAAAUUAGAAAAGUGAUUUGGGACAAUGCAAAUAGGUUUGAAAGAAGAUUUCAAUCAUGGUGGCAUUUAGUUAACUUCACUUAUGACCCUGUCACCAAUUAUGCCAUGGCUUUUGUUUUGAUGAUAAGUAAUGCUUCAGUAUACACGAUCUAUCCAAUCGUGGCUCUAGGAUUAAAUCAUGGUGAGACUACUCUGUAUCCAAUUGAACAUCGGAUAUGGGCUCUUCAAAAGAAUGAGAAAUGGCAAACUGUGGACGUUAGUUCAUGUGCCAUGCGAGAACAACAAGGAUUUAUUUGUGAAAGUAAUACAUUUGAGACCCAAGAUAUCUGUUUUGACACUGAACAAAAUAUCUGCCACUUUGAGGUCCAGCCUGGUAGAAUGUUCAAAUCAAUGCUUGUCUAUAUUGGAAAAGGAUGUGUUUGCAUCAGAACUCAUUGCGACUCCAUACAAGUAGGGGAUAUGAUUGUUGAUACUGCCAAUCACUCAAAUCUUUGUGUUUGCAAUUUUAUCAAUAUUUUAGGAUGUGAUUUUAACUAUACAGUUCCUGUUACUUCAUAUCAGCUUUUGAAGUUCAAUUACACCCUGAUCAAAGAUUUGCGUCCAGCGCUGAUUGGAAUGAAUCUCGCUUUGGUAAAGGAGCUUCUACAACAUGACGAUCUGCAUCGACUACUAGAACGCAUCAAAGACAACGGACAAAAGACCUUGAUUACUGUUCAUCAUGACGUGAAAAAGAUACAUCGCAUCUUGGAAAGAGUAAUGAAAGCUGGAGAACAUCAUUGGUGGGAGGUUCUUUUCGGUUGGUCUCCCACAGCUACGGGAAUUCUUAACUCUGUACUACAUCCGGUAGUUGUUAUAUUAGGUCUGAUAGUAUUAUGCUUGGUUCUUAUAGUUAUUAUAUAUAAGGACAUGGCGCUUGCUAAAGCAAGUGUCCCAGCUUGAUUUCGCAUUAAAUAGGGAUACACUGCAUCGUUUUUUGUAAGACUUAUCUUAAGGCUGAUAGACGGUUGUAACGUUAAGGUAGAACUUAUAUAAGAUAUUAAGAUUUUAGGAUUGUUAAGAUAAUAGAUUGUCAUUAAGUUAUAAGUUAAUAAGUUAAGUUAAGUUAAUAAGUUAAGUUAAUAAGUAAGUUAAGUUAUAAGUCAUUAAGUUAUAAGUUAUAAGGUUAUAAGGUUAUAUAAGUAUAUAAGUAUAUAAGUUAUAAGGUUAUAAGUUAUAAG